AAGACUUAUACACUGAAAGAAAGAAAACACAGUGGAAGCAGAGAGAGAGAGAGAGAGAGUGUGUGUGGUUGUUGUACCCCAAAAAUGGCGAAGCUCUUGUUUGUGCUCCUCGCUCUCAUUCCUCUUCUAUGCAGCUCCUUCUCCCCUGACUCACCAUCAGAUCGCCGCAUCCUCGUUCUUCUCGACGAUUUCGCCCUCAAAUCCUCCCACUCAAUCUUCCUCAACUCUCUCCAAUCUCGCGGCUUCGAUCUCGAUUUCAAGCUCGCCGAUGACCCCAAAAUCGCGCUCCAGAGAUACGGCCAGUACCUCUACGAUGGCUUGAUUUUGUUUUGCCCCACCAUCGAACGUUUUGGAGGAUCCAUUGAUGCAGCUGCAGUUUUGGAUUUUGUUGAUUCCGGUCAUGAUUUGAUAGUUGCUGCUGAUAGUAAUGCAUCUGAUUUAAUCCGUGAAAUCGCCACCGAGUGUGGAGUGGACUUUGAUGAGGAUCUUUCUGCUAUGGUUGUAGAUCAUUCUGGAUAUGCAGUGUCUUCUACCGAAGGAGAUCACACGUUGAUUGCUAGUGAUGAUUUGAUCAAGUCUGAUGUGAUAUUGGGAAGCAAAAAAAUUGAGGCUCCAGUACUUUUCCAAGGGAUUGGACAUUCUUUAAAUCCUUCUAAUAGCCUGGUGUUGAAAGUUCUCUCAGCAUCUCCUACAGCUUACUCUGCUAACCCCAAAUCUAAGUUGACAAGUCCUCCAUCACUAACUGGAUCUUCUAUCUCGUUAGUUUCAGUUGUACAGGCAAGAAAUAAUGCUCGGGUAUUGAUCUCUGGCUCAUUGAGCUUGUUCAGCAACCGAUUUUUCAGGUCUGGUGUGCAAAAGGCUGGGAGUCCAACCAAACAUGACAAGUCCGGUAAUGAGCAGUUCUUGACUGAACUUAGCAAAUGGGUUUUCCAUGAAAGAGGUCAUCUUAAGGCGGUGAAUGUGCAACACCAUAAAGCCGGUGAAGCUGAUGAACCAUCCAUCUAUAGGAUCAACGAUGAUCUGGAAUACUCUGUUGAAAUUUAUGAGUGGUCUGGGACAACUUGGGAACCCUAUGUAGCCAAUGAUGUUCAAGUGCAAUUUUACAUGAUGAGCCCCUAUGUCUUGAAGACUUUAUCAACUGACGGGAAGGGUCGUUAUUUCACAUCAUUUAAGGUUCCAGAUGUCUAUGGGGUUUUCCAAUUCAAAGUUGAGUAUGAAAGACUUGGAUACACAAGCUUAUCAUUAUCAAAGCAGAUUCCUGUUCGCCCCUUCAGACACAAUGAAUAUGAGAGAUUUAUACCAACAGCUUAUCCAUAUUAUGGAGCAUCAUUUUCCAUGAUGGCAGGUUUCCUCAUUUUCAGUGCUGUUCAUCUAUACAAUAAAUAGAUGUAAACCUUUGCAUGAAGUUACUGUAGUUUGUAGCACGGGGGUUGGACUUGUUUUGAGAUAGAAAAUUUUGAUAUCUAAUGAUAAAACGGAUGUUUCUUAUUUUUAAUAGAUACGCGUUACCUCUUUUUUCUCCCCCAGCAAGAUGUCUUUACUCCUUACUGUUAAGUAUCAUACUAAUUUGGUUUUAA